CCCCUAACCAUAACAAUAGGAUUUCCCUCACAACCCCUGUGAAACCUAUCUGCUUCUCCAGAAAGCACUUUUUUCAGCUGCAGCCCACGUUAUCCAAACCACUGUUUUCCGGGCAAACCCGGAUUGACCAGCCCGUGAAGUCAUCAACCCAAAAGAUCUCAUUGGUCAACCUUUAAUUUCCAUUUUUUUCAAGUCUUAAGUUUUACUUAUCUCCCACGCCUAUGCUAAAUUGUUUCCAGCCGUUAAACUUUCUAGAAUUUCCAAACUGGGAGUUUGGUUUCUUACCCAAGUUUUCGUGUAGAAGCCAAAACCUUGAGCCAGUUGUGUUUUUCAAAGCAGCCACCGCUUUCUUUGUUCUCUAUUCUCUGUUUUUCUUUCAAGUCUAUAAAUCUGAACCAUGGUUCCAAAUACGACUUCAAACUACUCGUCGUAUAUAUCUGCCGCUACCCAAUGGAUCACUCUCUCUCCUCUUCUUCCAUCAUUUCUCUGAAGUCUCCGGGUUCGGAUUCAAGCUCUGUUUGUAGCAACUCGUCUAAGUGUUUUUCCGGGUCGGGUCAUAAGGUCGGGUCGUCUGGCAUGGAGAAUAAUAAGGAUAAGAUUCUGGUGGGGGACAAUGGCUAUGUUCUUGAAGAUGUGCCGCAUUUCUCGGAUUACAUUCCUAAUCUUCCGACUUACCCAAAUCCAUUGCAAGACAAUCCUGCUUACUCUGUAGUCAAGCAGUACUUCGUUAACGUGGAUGAUACUGUUACCCAAAAGAUUAUUGGUCACAAGAAUAGUCCAAGGGGGAUCCAUUUUCGGCGUGCUGGACCACGUCAAAAAGUGUAUUUUGAGGCUGAGGAUGUUCAUGCGUGUAUUGUGACUUGUGGGGGUCUAUGCCCUGGACUCAACACUGUGAUCAGGGAGAUAGUGUGUGGUUUGCACUAUAUGUAUGGUGUAAAGAAAGUGUCAGGGAUAAUAGGAGGAUACAAGGGUUUCUAUUCUCGGAACAUAAUUCCUUUGACUCCAAAGAGUGUGAAUGACAUCCACAAACGCGGUGGAACCAUCCUUGGGACAUCGAGGGGAGGCCAUGACAAAUCAAAGAUUGUUGACAGCAUUCAAGAUCGAGGAAUCAAUCAGGUUUACAUAAUUGGAGGAGAUGGAACUCAGAAGGGAGCAUCUGUAAUAUUUGAGGAAAUCAAAAGACGUGGUCUCAAAGUAGUAGUUGCUGGAAUCCCCAAAACCAUUGAUAAUGACAUUCCGGUGAUUGACAAGUCCUUUGGCUUUGACUCUGCUGUUGAGGAGGCUCAACGUGCAAUUAAUGCAGCACAUGUUGAAUCUGAAAGCAUAGAGAAUGGUAUUGGUGUUGUGAAGGUGAUGGGUCGGUAUAGUGGGUUUAUUGCUAUGUAUGCAACGCUUGCAAGCCGAGAUGUAGACUGUUGCUUGAUUCCAGAAUCACCCUUCUAUCUCGAGGGUCCUGGUGGACUGUUUGAAUACAUAGCGAAGCGACUCAAAGAAAAUGGGCACAUGGUUAUUGUCAUUGCUGAAGGUGCUGGGCAGGAUCUUCUAUCAGAAAGCAUCAACUCUAUGGACAAACUGGAUGCCUCAGGAAACAAGCUCCUUCAAGAUGUUGGCCUAUGGAUUUCCCAGAAGAUUAAGGAUCACUUCUCGCAAAAAAGUAAAAUGGCAAUAAACCUCAAAUAUAUAGAUCCUACAUAUAUGAUCCGAGCUAUUCCAAGCAAUGGUUCUGAUAACGUGUACUGCACACUCCUUGCUCAAAGUGCUGUCCAUGGAGCAAUGGCAGGCUACACAGGAUAUGUAGCAGGUCCUGUCAAUGGGAGAGAAUGUUAUAUACCCUUUUAUAGAAUCAACGAGAAGCAGCACCAGGUUGUGAUAACAGACCGAAUGUGGGCUCGGCUCCUAUCUUCCACAAACCAACCAAGCUUUCUGAGUACUAAAGAUGUCAUUGAGGACAACAGAGAUGAAGAAGUUCAUCAGGAACAUUGUUCAGAUGACAACUUGGUGAACAAGGAAAUCAGUUAUACAUGAACUUGAGAUCAGUACCACAUAUACGGCUCCUUAAGAGUGACAAUCCCAUUAUUUUGGUACGAUAGUCUAUUUUAUAUCUUGUUAGAAUCAAAAUGCAUUAGAGAUUACUGCUGUAGCUUAAGCUUUCACAAAUUUGUAAGAGAUAAUUGUUGUCAUGCUAAUAAAAUAUGGCUGCUAUUUGGAAAAGAAUGUGAUUUCUUUGCUCCCAUCUGUAUGCUCUCAUUGUUUGACAAUGUGUUACCAAUCAGGUUCCAAGAUAACAGAAUGAAAAAUGAGGAAUAUAAGUUGUUUGAAUAGUAUCAAGAUCUUCGAAGAUAGAAGAUAUUGCUACUAAAAUUGUAUAUACACAAUGAAGCUCGAAUGUGUACCAUCACCUAUGAAAGCAUUGUA